CAAUAAUCUUUACCGUCACUUUCAUUCGCUUUGUUUUUCAUAUUUUAGAUGGACCCCCCAGUGGGUGCGCUCGUCGAAGUUUCGGCGGGGCGUGGAAUAGUGCGGUUUUCUGGCGCCACGUCUUUCUCGUCGGGCAAAUGGAUUGGUAUUGAGCUUAAUGAGCCCAAGGGCAAGAACGAUGGGAGCCUUCAAGGCCUCACCUACUUUUCUUGCAAGCCAAACCAUGGCGUAUUCGUUCGUCCAAGCCAGGUCAAGGUAAUUAAUGCCGAGCCUGAACCACAGCCUCCUAAAACACAGGCCGCUCGGACAGUCAUGGGUCAUCAACGUACCCCUAGCACUGGCGUUUCGCGUGCAGCAUCACUGCGUUCAAAUGGCGCAUCAGGGUCUUCUUCCCGGUCGUCCAGUCCCGUGAAGGCCACGCCUUCAGCCUCUGCCGUGGCUACCCCACGCAAUUCCCGUCUCACGGCUACCUCGUCGCCCGCGAAGCGCAUUCCAUCUUUAACUCUUCAACAUCGCAAAUCAUUUCCCCGUCAACCAUCCGCAGAAUCCUCCACUCCUCAGAGUCCCGCCUUUCAGACCCCUAAGAUCGGGUCGUCCUCUUCACAGGAGGCUCUCGUCCAGGUGCAGAGGACGUCCUCCCCAUUAUCACUGCCACCAAAGAAUGCGGCCGUGGAGCCUCCACCACCACCUUCGCCUAUCGCGCGCACGUUUCUGCAACCCCCCGCACCAAUUGACUCCCCAUCUCUAAACGGUACAAAACUGAUACCGUCACCUUCCAUCUCUCGUGUCCCCUCGCAUGAGCCCGCAUCACCCACAACCCGUACCGAAGAUUCCGCCGUGCAUGCGAAGAUACGCGUACUCGAAGCUAAACGCGCUGAUGAUGCUCGACACAUUCGUGAGCUGGAAACCCGCCUCGCAGACGCCGAGUCUUUCGUUGCCCUGCGCCCCAAACUUCAAGCUAAACUACAAUCCCUCCAGUCUGAACUGAUUGCAACGAAGCGUGCAUUAGCAGAUGCAGAGCAACUUGCGAGUUUGGGUGAGACAAGGGGUGCGGAUUCACAAGAGCAGCUGGAAAUGGCGAUGUUGGAUAAGGAGGUUGCGGAGGAGAAGGCAGAAUUAGCAGAACAGGAGUUGGAGGAGGUGAAGGAAAGGCUUGCUCGUGUUGAAGUGGAGCUGGAUGUCAUGAAGGAGGAUGGUGCCUCGGGCAGAGAUGGUGAUUCAAACGCUAAGACAUCACUCGCAUAUAUCCAGCUUGAGAAACAGAACGAGCGAUUGAAGGAGGCGCUUAUACGCCUUCGCGACAUGUCGCAAGAGACAGAACAAGAACAGCGCCGCCGCAUAGCAGAGAUGGAGAAAGACAUCACGAGUAUUGAUGACCUACAAGGCCAAUACGAACAAACACUAAUUAAGCUUUCCAAUGCGGAAACGCAGAUAUCAUCACUACAACAACAACUUGAUGAUGCACUAGGAGCAGAAGAUCUGCUCGUGCAGCUUACAGAACGAAAUUUAUCACUUUCGGAGAAAAUCGAAGAACAGCGCGUCACAAUAGAAGACCUCGAGGCUCUCAAGGAACUCACAGACGAACUCGAAGAGAACCACGUUCAAGUUGAGCGUGAACUUCGAGACGAAAUUUUAGAUCGCGAGAAGGACCUGAGAGAAGAGAAGGUCAGAGUUGGGUUACUUGAAGAUAUAGCGUCAGACGCAGAUGUGACGAUCGCGAGGUUUAGGGAAGUCGUUGCAGAUAUGCAAGGCGAACUCGACUCCAUGCGUUCAGCGACACAAACAGCGCAGCACGAGUCUGCUACGGCUGCGCACCAGACGGCAACGAUGAUGUCGCUGAAUUUGAAACUCCAAUCCUCGGCUGCUAAAAACCAGGCAAGGGCAGUAGAACUGGAGAUCAAGAAGCUCGAGGCGAGGGAGAGGGGGGAAUUGUUGGGAAUUGUGCAGCCUUACCUACCUCAACAAUACGUCGAGUCCGACAGCGACGCUACAAGUUGUUAUCUCUUCUUCGCACGCCUGGGGUACAAAACCGACCUCAUCAACACUAUUGUGGGACUGGCUCAUGGUCUACCAGACUCACUCAAUGGUGUCGUCUCGGAAACGCUUGUUGGAAUAUGUGAAAUGCGCGGCCGUGCCGCGUCCUUUUCCACGCUCUGCAAACGUUUCGCUACUAUCCUCAGGCGGUGUGACCCUACAUCGUUCCUCAAUAUCGGGCGAAUAUACCCUGAGAUUGCCCCCAUGGAGAAACGUAUCGAUCUGCACAUUGAUCUUCUCCGACGGGAUGAGUUUAGGGAGAUGGAAUUCGUCAGUGACGUGCUGAAGAUGCUAGCACAAUUCGAUCAUCUGGCAGAGACUUAUUUCGAUGGGUUUGAACAGGAUCUGGGCGAGCGCGAACUCGGGUAUGCACUUUCGUUUGACCAUGAUCUCGAUGUAUUUGCCGCCUCGAUCGGGCUCACGAAGACGUCCGUUGCUGUCAUUCUCAAUGACGAGGAUGUCGUCCUCGACAUGGGUGGCUAUGAUCCCGAGGAAGAGCUCAUCGAGCCCUUGCAGAAACUCUUGGAAAAGUGCAAGAGUGCCAAGGUGCUGUCUAGGAAACUUACAAAGCGCCUCGAUGACGUUAUCCAGGAGUCUUCGGCACUCAAAUCACAUCUCGUUCAGCAACUCAAGACUCUCAGCAAUGCAGUUCCCGAGCUAGUCAACUUCGGUAUCUCCCUCGCCCAACAAGUAAUUCCACACCUUAGCGACGCCCGUAGUGCCAAGGCUCCGUUUCAGCUUGCAACAGUGUUGUCGUACGCCAGGCAGACUGCAAUGUCCACUGUCGCCAAGGACAUGAAACCUGGGACCUCGUGCUUCGAGGCGGUUGGUGAAGCUAUUGCCCAGUUAUCAGCGGAGUGCAACAAGUUGCUCCCUUUGGCAAUGGAACCUGAGAACGUGUUCAAGAUCUCCGGCGCACCACCAUGGGUCCUACGAAUUGAGGAGAUCAGAGCCAGCAUGGCUAUCAAUGCCGAAGCCGAGCAGAAAGCCGCACAGCUGCAGGAAGAAAUACAAGGACUUGUACGGAGUCUCAAGACAAAAGACCAAGUGAUACAGGAGUCAGGGGUGAAGAUCGAGCACAUGGAACGGCGCAUGGAAGCGGUCAAGAAGCAAGCGGAUACCAUUGGAGAUCUUGAGAUUGAGCUCUCGAAAGCGCGCAAGCAGGAACGUGCAUACGAAGAGGCAAUGGAGCAACUGCAAGCCGACCUGGAUACGUUCGAGCAAGACAAUGCGAAACUGAAGGCGUUGGUUGCGGGUUCGGAGCGACAAGCUGCUGGCACACAACCUGUCGAUUCAGAGAAUGUCCCCAUGGAUGGUAAUGUGGAGACAUCACACCUUCUGGAGCAGAUCGAGGCUCUUCGUGGCACCGUCCGCUUCUUGCGCACAGAAAACUCGUAUCUCAAGGGACAGGACCUGCUCAAGGAAAUACAAGCGCUACCACAUCUCCCAGAACCUAUCAGUCGUGUGCGUACACCUCCACUGGACCCCUCAGGACAAUCCGACACAGACGAAUCCGAUACGGAACUACCAUCCGCUCCUCCUACCAUUCGCUCGCUCGCCACAGAAACCAAGGUUCUCUACCGGGACGUCAUCAAAUUCUCCUCAUCGCCUCGUGUUGUUGAUCUAUCCGCUCUUCAUGCAAAGAGAGCAGAAAGUGAUUGUAAAGGUGGGAAGAUGUGGAUGCGGAGGAAGGAUAGUCCUGCUCAGCAAGUCCUUGAUCGGAAAUUAGAGGCCGAGAGACUUAGCAGGCGCGUCAGAGGCCUAUUGGAUCGUGCAAAUGCGCUUUGAGGGAUAUUAAUACCUUACUUCAUUUUUUAUGUUACUCUACUAAUAUCAGGUUGUAUACCCUAUGUAUUACGAGGAGGGGAUAAGGUAGUAAACGUCAUGUAUAUGGACAAUCAAUAUGAGCAUAUGGACU